AUGGCGUCAAAUUCUCCAGGUAAGAAAAAAAUAUUUUAGCUUGGCUCUUUCUGUGAAAAUAAAAUUAAGGGUUUCCAGACUUUCCUCAGAUCCUGUUCAUAUAAGAGAAUUCGACGCAUUCACUUGGCCCUUUGAUGUUAAUCCGUAAAAAGUUAUCGCGAUUAAUUAUUGUCAUGUACUUAAGCUUAAGAUCUUGUUUUUGAAAAGAUGGCUCUGGUGAUAACUGAAACAUUGUUGCAUUGUUUAGGUAACUUUCAGAAUCAUGUAAUCGAUUAUGAAAUGGUAACUUUUCGCUAUUGUCUUUUAUUCUAGGAGGUAGACUUUCGAGAGAGAAGCUCAAGCUAGAUUUUCAGGGAGGACUAGAACGCAAAAAAUUGAACCUUGCAGCUUUGAAAACCAGGCAACCAACACCACUUCAAUCAAAUAUGUAGGUUGAUAGAAAGGCCAUAGAUAAAGUGGGUCAAAGUGAUAACUUGAUUUUUACACUUAAUGUUACCUAUUGUUCUGUACAGUUCUACAUUUAAGGUUGUUAGAGUGUGCGAUUACGCCAUUUUCACACCAUCCGGUACAUUUCCCUAAGAAUACUAUGAUUAUACAUCGUAUGUAUUUCCUUAUUGAAACAAUGGCAAAUGAGGCCAUGUUAACGUAAAUUCUGGCAACUGUUAUGGCCUUGAAACAGUGACCUAAGACAGGUGAAAUGGUAACAAACAACACCAAGGUGGAUCAAUGCUGGGACAGCAUCAAAGACAGGCACAAAUACAAAACAAAUACAUGUGUUGGCAAUGGCUUACUGAUUUAAUUUGCAAUUAACAAAUUCCUCAUUUUCUGAGUGAGGGCCUAAGUAGAUGGCAAAUAGCCUGACUACAUUUGAUCAUUAGCCUUUCAAACUAAUCACGCAGCCAGGUCAACCACAUGUUGGUAGACCAGAUAGACCACCAAACUGGGGAUUACGUUCCCAACUCUUCACAAAUGGUGGGUUGGUUGUUUAACAUCGCACAGAUUUUAAAAAUGUCUUUUGAAGCAAGGUACAUUUUGCAAAGUGGCUAACAAUGAAUAGAGAAGAAGUUGGUGAUAAUCUUUUCCUUUUGCUAUUUUUUAGGGAAAGAUUAAGAACCCAUAAAGCAGUAGGAAAACUGUCUUUUGGUCCUGACAAGGUAAAAGGUUAUAAUAAUUAUUGUAUUUUGUUUUCAUAGUUUUUGUACAUGUACUAAUGACUUACGCAAAGCUAUAUGUGCAUGUAUGUAGCAUUGAUACUGGAUAAAAUGUCCUUCAAAAAUUAAUGGUAGUUGUUUUACAUGAGUUUUAAUGCUGUAUUACAAUCGUGGUUAUUAUGAUAAUUAUUUUAUCUUUCAAGUUCAAGCUAAGUUUAGUUUCUUUUCUUUUGUUUUUGUGCAUACUUGCAGUGUCUGUGUUGUGGCUUACAGUAAUUAUUUCCUUGUUUUAUAUUGUAAUAAUUUUCUUUGAUUUUGGCUAUAUCUCUUAAAUAUUAACGAUAAUGAGGUUUAAACAAAGGGAGAUAAAAUUUAGACCAAGGACAAAAUUGAACCAUAACCUUCAUGUAUGCACGAUAAGCACAAAGGAAAGGAAAAUAAAAUUUGAACCAAGAGGAAGUUAAUAAGAAUCACAAUAGUUGUAUGAUCAAGGAACAAACUCAUUACCUUUAUACUCAUGAUUUGUGAUUCUUGACUUUCAACUAAACCCUUGUGAAUGAACUGGGACAAAAUUUUGCAGUGUGAAUGAGAUUGGAUAAAAAGACUGAGAUGGCCUAGGGUUACUUAGAGCCAGUGUAUAGUAUAGUAGAAUGCAAACUGUAACUAUAUUAUGACUGUAGUACAGACUGACAUCAUUGUUCUCCACUUACAUGUAGUGUGAAAUACUUAAGCAAAUGUGUGGAUGUACGUUAGCCUGAGUUGAUUUAAUGGGAUUGCUACUCCAAAUUUAUUUUUCGUUAUAAUAGAAUUAUGAGUAUUCUUCUGAGGACCUGGCAGACUAUGGGGAGAUUGGAAGAGGAGCUUAUGGCACAGUGAAUAAGAUGUUACACAAAGAAAGUGAUACUUACAUGGCAGUGAAGGUAAUAAUAAUAAUAAUAAUAAUAAUAAUAGUUAAUAGAGUAUGAUCGUCCAGGUGAACGUAGUCCUGAAUAGGGCUGUUGUUGACAGUGACUGACAUUUCGACAACCUAUGUGGUAUUCAUCUUUAGAGUCAAAGUGAGGUGUAUCACAUCAGUUGAUGGUGUUAAACUAUGGUUAUUGAUCUGUUAGGUCAAUUAAGUUGCAAUGUUAUUGGUCAUCUGUCAGUUAAGCCGUACUCGAUCUAUGUACAUUGUAUUGUCACAGUUAAACAGUCAUUUAUUGUUAGUAAAAUUGUCGGUUGUCCAGUCAUUCUGUCAUAGUUACUUUUGGUUCAAGUCAUUUGUAUGGUGACGGUAACAGUUGACAGUAACAAAGAAAGCUUGUUUGUUGGAUUUGGCCAAGAUCUGAAGAAGGAUCCUGGAGAGCUAAGGAUAUAGGAUAUAGCUUAAUGAUUUGAGGAGACAAGACCACCAAUACAUACUAUUGGUGUGAGACAUGAACACAAUAAAUUAUGAUACACACAGUAUCUCUUACUUGGAUCAGCCUGGUAACUGGUGGUUUGGUCAUCACUACACGUAUGUUGUUGCACAAAGUGCAGUAAUCUUGAAGCAACUUGAGUGAGAGUUUAAACAGAUGCCAAGCUCUUCACAUGGCUAUUACAUCUCUCUACCAAGAAUGUUUAUUUCCCUUUAGUGUGUAAGGAUCUUAAAAUAUAAAACAGAUCAACUGGGGCAAAAGGACAAAGCACAUACAACGUAUGUUAGUGACUGGACAGUACCUUUACCACUCUUUUAAAGAAAUGGUCAAUACACUUCUCCAUGUUAAUACUCUAGCAUGGUUGAUGUUAUAUUAUUUCUUGUUGAUUUCAGAGAAUUCGUUCAACAGUUGAUGAGAAGGAACAGAAACAGUUGUUGAUGGAUCUGGACGUUGUCAUGCGCAGCAGUGACUGCAAGUAUAUUGUCAAGUUUUAUGGAGCCUUAUUCACUGAGGUGAUGACACCGAAAAGUAUUGUCUUAAUUUGUUUUUAAACCAGGCUUUUAUUGUCUCUAAAGGGGAAUGGUUGCAGCACAGAAGUUAGCCACUCACUGAAGCCAAGGGGAAACUGAUAUUCUAAGUUGAUCUUGCUUUUCCACCUUUUUGUAGGGUGAUGCCUGGAUUUGUAUGGAACUAAUGGACACAUCUUUGGACCAGUGCUACCGUCAUCUCUAUGGUGUCAUUCAACAAUCUAUACCUGAGGAUAUUUUAGGAAUGACUUCUUUAGCAGUAAGUUACACCUCUCACUAUUGUAACCUUGCAGCAUUGACAGGAACACACUACUGUAUUGAGAUGUGUGUGAGAUUUAUAUUCCCACACACAAAAAUCCUAGGCGAAGAAAGUGUCCAGCUAUUUAGAAUGAGAGAUGCCAUACAUUAUUAAUACUUUUCUGACAGCCAGAUUUUCUACUAAAAAUGAAGUUAUUGCAUCAAAGAACAUGCAUGACUAGGAGAGAGAAUGGGAGAAAAAAUUGAGGUGGUUAUUUUCUUUCUCUAACUGUGACGAUCAUAAUCUACCAUUGUCUCUCAACAAAGUUUUUGUCAUCUGUUUUAUGUGUUUAUUCAAUUUGUUCAAAAAUCUUGAAGGGGAGAUAAUUAUACAGUUUAAGCUUUUCUUUUUACUCCUCUGACAUGACAUGAAUAAAUACAACACUAUGGCAAUAGUAGUGCAAUCUUUACUGUGAAAGAGUUCCCCUACAUGUAUUAUAAACAAGUUACAUUCAGUAAAGCACUGGUAAUUUUUUUUUAAUUCUCAGGUUGUUAAAGCUCUGGACUACCUUAAAACCAAAUUGAAUAUUAUUCAUAGAGGUAAGCUUAAGACCUUGGAUUUCCACUGUAGUUGUCAGGACAUCCUGGUAAAUACUGUGUACUAGCUAUAUUAAAGAAAGAUUAUGUAUGUAGCUUACUUGUGUUCUCUCAUUGUGUUUAAUAAUCUGUUCAUGUUCAGCGGCAUAAUUAAAAAUGAAAAUUUCAUUCCAAUGAGGCCUUAAACUGCUGAUAAAAAAUAAAAUUGAGAUCCAAGCUUUCACUGAUCAACAGCAUCAUCUUGUGUUUGUUCCUUUAGAUGUAAAGCCUUCAAACAUUCUCUUAGACCUUCAAGGACACAUCAAGUUGUGUGACUUUGGCAUCAGUGGCCAACUGGUUGACUCCAUUGCAAAAACUAGAGAUGCUGGAUGUAAACCCUACAUGGCGGUAUGUGGACGAAAUUUAAACCCAGUAUGUUGCUCCCAAAUGCCAGUCAAGACUUUGACAUUUCACUUUCUCUCCUCCCCUCCUCUUUUGCUUUUCUUGCACUCUUUAUUUCUUUUGCUAGGAAUUUACUAGGCUUCAUUUGAGUGAAGAAAGUUUUGGGGAAAGCUUUGUGUAUUGUAGGAUUAGAUGGAAGGAUGUGUACAUGUACUAAUUACAUAAUAAUAAAUUAGUGAUAUUAAAGUGGAGGAGUCAGAAAGAAUGAAGGUAGUGUGCUGAACUGAAAUGUAUUGGAUUUUUAAUAUUCUUUAUGUAGCCGGAGAGAAUAGAUCCCAUGUCAUCAAGACAAGGAAGUUAUGAUAUCAGGUCAGAUGUAUGGAGUUUUGGUAUAACACUGGUAAGUCAAAAGAAAAAUCAAUACAAGUUACAUCUAAAACUUAUUUUCCGUAGAUUGCUCAGAUCUUUAGUAAUAUCAGUUUUCAAGCUAAGAUAUAGGAAACCACACAUUAUUAACAGGAACUGCUUUUGUUGACUUUUUUGCCCAUAUCAAUUCAGUGCACAUGGAUUCUGUUUCUCAUCUAACUAACAGUGAUUUGAUUAUUUUGCAGAUUGAAGUUGCCACAGGAAAAUUUCCCUAUCCCAAGUGGAAGAGUGUUUUUGACCAGCUCACCCAAGUUGUGAAAGGAGACCCACCUCGCCUGACAAAUGAGGAUGGAAGAAAUUUCUCAGAUGAAAUGCUUUCAUUUACCAACAUGUGGUAAUUGUUUUUAGUAAAAAUUAAUUCCCUGCACAACAAUUAAAGCUCCUUCUUUCCUUAUGUCUUUAGUGAGAUAAACUUUAGUUACAUCAUCAUAGUAUUUGUCUUAAUUCACAAGUCUUAAAAGCAUGGUCUUUAGCUUAAUAGCAUAAUUGAAGCAUAGUCUAGAUUUUCCAUUCAGAUGAGUUGUCAGCAGGGUUGACUCGACUGGGCUUUUGUUCAAUUACUGCUUUUAAGAGGGUGGGGGGGGGGGAGCUUUCAAAUAGUAUUCGACUACUUCACUGUAAACAACAAUACCAGCUAUCUUAUAGUAUCAAGGCAUAUUCCCGACCGUUGCAUGAAAAGCUCCCCAUUUUUGCUUCCUUAAUUUCUCCUUCAAAUUCACGAACCAUUGUUUCAUCACAGUAUCUUGUAAACAUUACAACGUUUGCCAAAAAUACUCCACUUCACAUCAUAUUUUGUAGCUCUCUCAAUGUCUGAUAUUCAAGGAAACACUCUAUCUUGUGUUUGAUUUAUCACUUCCUAUUGUGUGGUUAUCAUUAUCAAACACUCCUUUUUGUGUUUAAGUCUAGCAAAAAAAUUCUCCUUUUGUCAUUCCCUAAGGGGCUGUUUACAUGGAGGGAGGACGAUCCUAGAAGGCGGAACACUUUUUCGUUGAGUUUAUGUGCAGACAUUUUUGUCAGUGUGGUUGCCAAGUAGAGAAGGAAUUAAAGAUGGCGGGUGUCAAUAACAAAAAUAGGAGAUCCUAGUGCUAGGGACAAGUGCGACCCUUUGCAUUUAAACUGAAAUAAAUACAGAAAAUUUAUGGUACUAGGAUGAUGCCCUGAAAUGUCAUCCGUCUCUUUGCCCCACCCUCCAAGAGACUCUCUCUUGCCUUGCCACCUGAUGGGGGGAGGGGGGGAGGUUGGGUAGGGCAAAGGACUACUGCCCUCCAGGAUCUUGCUGGUGCUAGGAUCUCGCCCCUUCCACAUGAACAACCCCUUACUCUGAUUACCUUGCAUUAAUUUCAGAAUUGUUUUCAUUUUUCUUUUUUAACUAGUUUGACAAAAGAUGUUACAAGAAGACCCAAGUACCGUGAGUUACUCAAGCAUCCUUUUAUCCUGAGGUAUGAGGAAAAACAAGUUGAUGUUGGAUCCUGGCUCAGCGGAGUUCUGGCGCAGGCGCCAUUGCCAAAGUUUGAUAAAUUAGAGAUAUGA